CCAUAUUGUCAUAUUUAAAAUAAGAAGAAGAAGAAUAAAUAACAAACCAACCCCCUUGUGUCCCUAAAUACCCAUCUCUCUCUCUGUACCCCACAAAUUAACACAAACAUAAGCUGAUUUCUGUGAAAAGAAGAAAGGGUGUGUGGGAGAGUAGUAAUGAGUGCAAGUAACGGAGGUGGGCCUUGUGGAGCUUGCAAGUUCCUAAGGCGAAAGUGCGUAAACGGUUGUGUAUUUGCACCCUAUUUUGACUCAGACCAAGGGACGGCUCACUUUGCUGCGGUGCACAAGGUGUUUGGUGCUAGCAAUGCUUCCAAGCUCCUCUUGCGCAUUCCGGCACAUAAGCGACUCGAUGCGGUGGUCACGCUUUGCUAUGAGGCUCUGUCUAGGGUUAGAGACCCUGUCUAUGGCUGUGUUGGUCACAUCUUUACUCUCCAACAACAGGUAGUGAAUUUGCAGGCUGAGCUAGCCUAUGUUCAGGCCCAUCUUUCAACGUUUCAGCGCCUUCCUCCACUUCCUCCACCUCAAUCUCAGAGCCCCUCUCCUACAAAUCAUCACCAUUGCACAUCAGAUUUAGCGACAAGUUCAGACUUGCAGCACAGCUUAUCCAUGCAGUUUGAUCCUAUACAACCCCAGCCAACAUCAACUGAAUUAACAAGUUAUUUCAAUCCAUUGGCUGAAGAACUCGAAGGUGGGGAUGUCCAAGCAUUGGCUCGAGAAUUGAUCUCUAGGUACUUGCCCGGAGUAAGAUUCCGGGCUUCAAGUCCUCACUAAAUGUUUAGCUUCUUUUUAUUGUAUGUUCUAAUGCAUGACAAUUUAGUGCUUUUUUUUUGGCGCUCUAAUGUCUAAUGGAAUUGCACUUGAAUUUCUACAAGUUUAAAUGUAUGAGAGUCAUGCUACUAGGAUA